CUGCAUAUAUAUACAUGUGUUUAUCGUCGUCAAAAUAAAGCGCCGAGCGAAAUAAAGAACGGUAUAGGAUAGAUUAUCCGCAGCAGCAACCGCAGCCGUCUGGGGCAGGUAGUCGUUUGGCAGCAGCCGUCUCGAGAGUGCACACACACGAUACAAGCUGGCUCUUAGGUUACAAAGAAAAAAAAUUAAAGAGAGAGAGAGAGAAAUUACAAAACUUUUGACGCAGCGGUAGUGUAAUUAUGAGAGUCUGUCAAAUGACCACAAUUCGGAUGCCGCCUUGAUGACACAUACCAGCAACAAGCAGUUGUAGCUUACAUAAAAGAGAACAUAAGAAGCGUCUGUGCUGCCUGAACUCGCUGCCAGCCAGGAAAAGUGCCUAAUAUCGAUAAAUCACACGUUGCUUGCGUAAAUAUACACAAUAAGAGACAGAGGAGAGCAUCGUGCAUCAGCUGCCUUCCUAGAGUGACUGGUGUGCAUCAUCAGCUUGCCGUGCUCAUCGUAUAUAGUAGUGCUUUAUUCGAACGUAUACACGAGAUAGUGCGUAGUAAACAUUCGUACGCGCGCAUUUAGCCAGUUUCGUGCGUGCAUUUUACAAUAAGCAAUACAGUGUCAAACAUGGUCGAGCCAAUUUUCGACUACCAAUUUAGGCUCAUCCUAAUCGGUGACAGUACAGUUGGCAAAAGCUCGCUCCUCAAGUACUUCACCGAUGGCAAAUUUGCCGAGCUCUCCGACCCAACAGUGGGCGUGGACUUUUUUGCGAGGCUAAUAGAGGUGAAAGACGGCACGAGGAUCAAACUGCAGCUCUGGGACACAGCUGGACAAGAGAGAUUCAGGUCCAUAACGAAGUCGUACUACCGCAACAGCGUGGGCGCUCUGCUCGUUUACGACGUGUGUAAUCGCGCCUCGUUCGAGCACAUUCCCCGCUGGAUGAUGGAGGCUCGACGUCACAUCGAGCCGCACCGACCGGUCUUCUGCCUCGUCGGCUGCAAGCUCGACCUGGUGGCGAACGGCGGCCGCCGCGAGGUCUCCAAGGAGGAGGCGCGCGCCUUCGCCGAUCAGUACGGCGUGCACCACGUCGAGACGAGCGCCAAGACCGGCCUCAACGUCGAGGAGGCCUUCCGCACCGUCACCCAAGAGGUCUACAAUCGAAUACAGAACGGCGAGUACAAAGUCGAGGAUGGCUGGGACGGAAUCAAGACCGGCUUCGCGCGGCCCGGUGGUCUGGACUUCAAUCUCGUCGAGGCCGAGCCUGCCAAGAGUUCCUGCUGCUAGGACACAUGACUGUAUAAAUAUAAAUACGUCGACAUUUAUAAUUUUAUGCGAUACAAAUCGAUUUUUUAUUAUUAUUUGUUUUUGUCAGUAACGAUAAUGGCCGAUCGUUAAGUGACUUCUUGUUCGUAGAAGACAUGCAGUUGAGCUUUCAUUUCGAUAGCUGAUGUUGCAAUCGUUUUUGCAUUACCAAAACUUUUUCACUAGUCAUAUGUAGUAAUAUAUGAAGAAUUCGUUGAUGUUGUUGAUGCUUUCCCAACGAUGUGAUUCAAAAAGAUUUGCCAGAGAGCUGGAAGAGGCUACGUUUGUAUGAAAAAGAAAUGCGGGACGACAGCUGCCAAUUUUUUAAAGUAUUUAUACUGUUAUUCAUUGUGUUUUUAUACGCGCAUACAAAAUAAAAGCGACGAUCGUGGCGAAAAAUUCAAAUCAUGACGGAACUCAUCACGAACAAAAUGUCAACUGCAUUUCUUCUCCGAACUUUUGAAAUUUAUAGACUGUAAUGCAGAAAAUUAUAUUGUAAAAAUAACAUACUUGAAAAGCGGUGCAGUAUUGUGAUGUUUCCGCUGAUAUUUUUGAAACUCCAUCAUAACUUUUAAAGAAAAAAACUGUGUGUGAUCUUCAUUUGCUCAUUAUUUCAAGUUACGGUACUAUGAUUGAGUUACUCAACUAAUAUUAUUUGUCACAUUUUCAAAAUUACCAUCGAUCUUUUAAGAACUUUCAAGUUUUCAUGCAUUCAUAGUAUCUAUCUCAUAGCUGAUAGUUAACAUGUAUAGAUCUUCACAUUUUUUUCAUUUUGUACAUAGAUUGUAUAAAAGUGAGUUUGAUUAUACGUUUAUUUACCUAACGCAUAGCGUCAAACUGUAAGACUAAAAUUCAAUAUGAACGUUAUGUACGUUUUUUGAUGAUUUACUUGAUAUUUACUACUGUCUGAUAAUUUAGAGACUAAAUCUUACUUAUAUGUGCAUAAGUUGACUCGUUUUUACUUGAAAUUAAAAAACAAUUUGUUUUUUCCUAUAAAAUCAGAGUCGAUAUUAUCUAAAUGAAAAUUAACCUUAAGAAAAACGAACAAAGUUAAUAUUUUCAUAUAUAAUUCGUCUAUGUAUAUCUACGAAAAACAUUGCGUCUAUUAACAUUUACAUCACUCUAUAUUAUAACUUCGUAAUUGUGCUGGAUGCUAUAUAAGCUGUAGAAUUUCAUCAAAUUUCACAUGCGAACAUUUUCUACGACACUUGUAUGAAAUAAUUUUAAUAAAUCAUGCAAUUAUUUUAUAAAACUUGUCGUUGAUGCGAAAGAAUAGGAAAAUAGGAAACGUUUUUUUUUAUAGAAUUUGCGCCAUGGUGCAACGAAUUCACAAUAAUAUGAUUUUUUAUGUUCAAAAAAAGUAUGUAUUGUACUGAUUUAUGCAAGAAGCAUUCUGUGUAGCAAAAAGUGGAAAAAAAUCAUAUUAGCUGCCUUUCCAUUUUUGUAAUUCUCAUUGCAAAGUUAAUACGAGUAAAAUAACACAAGAGCAAAUUUGUGAAUGCGAAAAAAUACGAUGCUCGUUAAUCGAGUCAUCGCGAACUUUUGCGUAAAGAAAACAAGCAAAAAAAUAUUGUAUUACUUACGUUGGUUACAUAUAAUAUAUGAAUAUUUUUUAAAAUUU